AUUAACUAAUGCUUCAGCACUUAUCAAGUCAUCGGGUGUUUUGGAACCUGGUUUAAGUGACCAUAGACUUGUUUAUGCGGUUCUAAAUUCAAAGCCACCUCUCCCUAAAUCUGAAAUGGUUAUGAAACGAUCGAUGAAGCGGUUCAACCAAGAGGCGUUUCUAGAAGAUCUUAGUAAAGUCCCAUUCUCUACUGCUUACGUUUUUGAUGAUCCAGAUGAUGUGUAUUGCUGUUGGGAAAAACUUUAUAGCCAAAUUCUUGUUGAUCAUGCUCCUAUCAUUAUCUUUCAAGAAAAGUAAAACUCCUGGAUCCCAAUUUAUUACAACCGAUAUUCAGAAAACGAGGAGGCAAAGAGAUCGUUUCAAGAGGAAAUUUAAUAAAUCUAGGAGCCCAGAUGAUUGGGAAAAUUACCGCAGAUCUCAAAAUAAAGUUGUUAGUAUGAGAAGGAAGGCAGUGAAAGAGCAUUUCACUAAAUUAUGCGAAGAAACGCAUGGAAAUCAGAGGAAAUUUUGGAGUACCAUUUCACCAUAUAUUAAUUCAUGUAAAAAUGUAAAUACCGGCCAGAUAAUACUCAAAGACAAUGGAAAGCUAAUAGGUGGCUGAGACUUUGAAUGCGUAUUUUACUGGUUUUGAUGCUAACAGUGUAAAUAAUAAUUACACUUCCACCCCCGAUAUUGAUCUUUCACAUGUAGCUGUUGACUCAAUGCUGUCACUUAGGAAAUCAAACCCGAUAGAGGUAUGUGAGGUUAUGAAAAGAUUAAAGCCUAUAUAAAGCGACUGGUUGUGACUUAAUUCCACCAAGACGUGUUCAGCAAUCAGCGGAGGUAUUGUCCCAGCAAUUUAGCACACUUUUUAACUAUGUGCUGGGUCACACGACUGUGCCGUCACAAUGGAAACUUGGUGAAAUUUCUCCAGUGCAUAAGAAGGACUGCAACCUAAUGAAAUCCAAUUAGGCCUUGGCGGAUUGUGCUAGCAUAAUUUUUGGCAUAAUUGGAGCAAAAAAGCAUAAUUUUUUAAAGGAGCACUGUCACGGCAUAAUUAGCAAAUUUUAGCACUUUUUGGAGCAUAAAUUCAUAAAAUUAAGUAAAUAUGUCACACAGUCUGAUUAUUCAGAAACUGGCUAAAUACGGUGCAGACGACAACACAGUUAGUUUAAUUAAGGAUUAUUUAAGAGGUCACAAGCAACUAAUUAAGAACAUAUGUCGCAAAGUGAGCCAGCAAAUCGCUGUUCUGAAAUUAGGAUGAAGAAGUUGCUUCCUUUAAAGUUGCGGGAAAAGCUUUAUAGAACAUUUAUUGCUUCACAUUUUAAUUAUUGGGCAGAGUCUUGACAUUUCUGCAGUAAUCGCUAAACAGGAAAACUAAAAAAACUGAACGAGCAGGCACUCUGCUUCGUUUAUCAGGACAAAAUCUCUACUUAUGAGACACUAGUUGUUAAAAAUGGAUAUAGCACAUUAGCAAAUCAGAGACUUGCAAAAAUGUUAAAUACAGUGUUUGGAGCAAUUGGGAAUGAAAAAGUACCUACAAGUAUUUCCGAGUUAUUGACGGCACCUAAUUCCAAUUAUAAUUUACAUGGUGAUGCUAUUUUAAAAUUACCUAAAGUAAAUUCAACAAAGUAUGGGAUCAAGUCAUGGAGAUACCAGGCUGCCCGGCUAUGGAAUACUAUUCCAAAUAAUUUAAGAAAUAUUGAUAGUUACCGCCGUUUUGAGCGUGGACUCAAGGAGCUCGACCUUGCAAGUUUAUAGUCCCUUUCGCAAUUUAACUUAGUUUUUCUUAGUAUUUAUUAAAGUAUUAUUUAGUUUCUAUAAUCUUAUUGCAGUUUCCAUGUACUAUAUCAUUUUAAACACUUUUAUGUAGUUGUAAGUUUAUUGACCCUUAUUCGCAAUUUAACCUGGCUUUCUUAGUGUAUAAGUUUAACAAUAAUUUUAUAAUUUUAUGCAGUUUUAUAUGGUUUCUAGGCUUGUUUUUAGUUUUAUGACUGACCUGUAAACGAGCUUUAUAGCUAAGUGUUAGUUAUGUUAAUAAAGUGUAUGUAUGUAUGUUGCAUUCAGCUACUUUUGUUACAGCUUUUGCACGUAAUUUGGUCCAUGCCUACAAAUUUCGCAUUUUUCAAAAAACUGCUGGAUAAUUUUUUUUUUAUAAACUUGACAAUCCUGAGAUCAAUCGCCAAUAAAUAAAAAAUAAAUAUUAUACCCUGCAAGUUUCAAGAACAUUGGAAACAGGAAAGGCUUUUAAAUAGGGCCUCAGAUAUAACCAAUUUUUCCCCCAGAUUUUGUGUUUACAAUCGAGCAUCCUCAUUAUUCAUUGGCAUUGUUUUCAAGUUUGGAUACAGAAAUGUAAUGUUCAAAAGGCAAAUGUUGAUUACUGCAUACAACAUUUAUACAACGUUCGCAUUUAGAAUUGCAGAUGUAUUACACCAACGUAUUUUCUUUUAAGUGAAAUAAAGCUGUCAAGGGUUGUCUGCUAGAGGGAGUUGUUAUAUAUGGUUCAUACGAAAAAAGUACUGUAUUUACAUUAAUUAAUCAUAAAUGAAUUGUUAAGACUUGCUGCGAUUAAUUGUAGAAGUGCCUUACAGAUCAAAUUUCCUAUCCAGUCUUACUUAACUCAUUCAUCAGUCUCUGUAAAAACAGUGGCUGUUGUCAAGAGGUCAUUUUAGCAGUUGGGGACAUGGUUUAGUGGCCAUUACCAUUGUUGAGAGGUAGCCAUUGUAGAGAGGUUUAAACAAGAGUCAAUGCAUGAACUGUCUGCUGGGUCAAAAAAAAUGGCUAUUGUAGAGUGGUGGCCGUUGUAGCGGGGUGGCCAUUGUGGAGAAGUGGCUAGUAGUGAAGGUUUGACUGUAUUAAACUAAAGGCCACUGUGGCAAGCCCGCAUACCAACCACCUGCAAGCUGGCUCCAUCACAUCUCAAAAGCCACCUGAAACCAUGGUUGGUCAAUAUAGUCUCAAAUGUUCUGAAAGGAUAGCAAAUUGCAUUUUGACACAGAAAAUGUGAGAUGUGAGAUAGCUAGACCUUGCAGUCGCAUCCUCCUUCAAAACCAUUGUUUGGAAACCUGACUGUGUACAUAUGAUACGAUUAUUAGUUAUUUGUUUUUGUAAACAAUGCAUUUAUAGAUCUGUUCUUCAUUCUUGUUGUAGUCACUUUCACAAGUCCAAACAUUAAAGGAGUUAAUAAAUGCUACUUGCAUUUCUUUUGGAACAUGCAUGGCAAAGAUAUCGGCACCCUUAGAGUUCUUGUGAACACCAAAAAUCCUUUGCUUGGUCCCUAUGGCAGGUGGAUUGACUCAGGUGAGGCUGAAAGUAAAAGAGUUUUUAAGAAUUGCUAUUUUCCUUAAGUUUCUAAACAUACCAAACACAGGAGGAUUUGUGGGAUAAAUUAGUGGCUAAUUACACUGAAAGAUGAGCUUCUUAAAACCUUAAUGACAGCCCUGAAUAGUGUCUUGAGGAAAAACCAUGAACGUGAAGAGCUGUACAAGUUACCCAUUGCAUGUACAUGCUCUUAAUAGGCAGGGAUUAGGAUUAGGCAGCUAGGGGGUUCAUUUGAUUCUACUUUGUGCUUUACGAAUGUAGCUAGGGAUCAUACACAUAAACAUAAAGGAUUUGUAUGGGAAUUCAGGUAAUAGAUUCAAGAAGAUAAAUCAUCGCUCAAUAAAAAACACUUUACCUCUGUCAAGUACUUGGUUUGUUCUUGCUUGCCAUUUGGUUAUUUUACUGAUCUGCUGCGAUUAAAGUGAUUUCCUUUACCCCGGACAAGAACCACACAGCAAGCAAGAAGAAACCAAGUAAUUGAGGUAAAGUGUUUUUUUUUAUUAUUAUUAUUUAUCUUUUUGAAUCUAUGACCUGAAUUCCCACACAAAUCCUUUAUGUUCAUGGCCAUUUGAGGACUACGCAAUAUGAGCCCGCACAUAUUAAUGAUUAAACUCUAAUAUUAAACCUGGGCUGCCUGUGGUUACACAAAUCAUGUAAGUGCAUUUUAAGACUAUUUUGUUCCCUUUUUUGCAGGAUGGAGUAUGACAGGAUCUCAAGGCAAUAUCUGGCGAGCAGCUUUCGUAAAUCUAGAGUUGGAGAAAAAGAUUUAUCAGAUACGAUUUAAGCAUUCUUUGCCUGAAAACUCAGACUGUGGUUUCCCUCCAUGUCCUGAAUGCAACGCCAUGAAUAAGUGUCCAAAUGCCAAUGUUGCCAUUGCAGGCAUCAGGCUGGACUGCCAUAAAGAUGCCCCAAAAGCCCCCCUUGAGACUUGCAGAAAGAGAGAAGUACCGCUAGCAGGAUGCGAAAUUCUGGCUGUGAGGCCUUCUAGCGAGGGUAAGUCGCAAAUUACAUGUAUGAGUUUAAGGACAGUGUACAAGACUAUAGGGCUGUCAGUAAUAUCAGGGAGCUUAAGCAACGACGUUUUUGAGCGACGCACGUCUACCGGAAGUUGCCCUUUUUCAUUUUUGGGCGAUGGUUUUGGCCAAAUUUUCAGUCAAAUCGUCUCUAUAAGAGUAAAGAAACUAAGCAAUACAAAUAACAUAGCGUCAAGGCAUACUACAAGGGAAAAGUCCUCACUUCCGGUUGACGUCUGUUGCUCAAAAACGUCUUUGCUUAAGCUCCCUAAUGAUGUGACAGUAGCCUGCGAUCAUGCCCUCUCCCUUUAUCUCUGUUAAAUCUGUUUUCGGGAGGAGGGCAUGAUACAAUUCUUUCACAGAUCGCAUGCAAAAAAAGCCAGAAUCUGGACUUCUUUCUGAUUGGCUAGGGAAAAAGAUGGAUGAUUUGUGCUGUUCCGAUUGGCCAAAAUGCUCCCAUCCAUUAGUUGUUGUUGAUUUCAGUCCGCAUUUUUGCUUAGCAGUGAAUACACACACGAGUUCUGCCGGCUGUGACAGUUUUCUUGAAUUUUAAAAAUGUCUAAAUUUUUAUGAAUUGUAUCCAUUGAAAUAUUUUCCAUCUCAUCGUAUACUAAAAAGUUGCCGUCAAAAAUUCACCGAUCAUUGAAUGCAAUUUGAUACCAGGUACAAGUUACAGAAGCAACAAACAGAUUCACUUUUCAAAUAAUCAAUUCAUGAAUGGUUUGACUGUAAUUCCUCCUUCAGAAACCUGUGAAUUAUUCUGAGCGAUCUUCGCUUUCGUGACACUUUUUAGUUCGUGAAAUAUGGUGCACCAACUUAAAAAAAAUAUUUUCAAUGCCUUCAGCACAGAACAGAACAAAGUCAACAAACUUUUACCAGUAAAUUCUUUAUUCAUGAAAGGUACGGCAGUUCCAGCUAGCAGUAUUUCAUCACAAAACAAGAAUCGCCGAAAGGCGAUUUUUAACUGGGCUGCAAAGGGGCUAUUUUUUUUUUAGGGGAGGGGGCAGCUAUCACUGACACUAAGGCGACCAUAAAACCUUGUCGCCGACCAUUGCGUGAGACAGAAUCUCAUGUGAGACUAAAACAUAAACUCAUUCAGAACAUUGUCCCCUUUUGAAAGACUUUCGUAACAAAAAAGAAAGUACCAUUUUUAAGUGGGGGCUGUAUAAUAACUUUUAAAUUCCACCACUAUGAAUAAAAAUAAACAAGUUAGACAUUAAUUCUAAGCAGGAAAGGAUUUGCAUUAUUUUUACGCACCCCUCCCCCAAUCCCUCUGUGCCCCAAAAUAUAGCGUGACAGUUCUACGUGACUAAUUUGACGUACGAGUAUAAAAUGCGACCGACUGUGCUGAUUUGCACUACACAGAAAUAUUGUAUUGUAUGAAAACCAGAAGUAUACUAAAACAGACGGCCAACUGUCCAUUGAUCCCGCCUGAUCCAGGAACCUCACAGACUGCACUGAGACUUUACUGUGCUUUUCACAAACAUGCGAACUCUAAAGUUCAAAAGCCACUAUCACGACUGCGUUUUUCGCUUCACCUUGAAACAGAGAAACACACAAAACGGAUCGAAAUCCACCAAUCACAAAUCACAAACCAUGACCUUUUGAACCCGUGAAGUAAAGUUGAGUUUCCUAAGAGGUCCGUUAAGAUGAUUGACAGCAGCGAAAAACGCAAUCGUCGCUUGGCUUUCGCAUGUUUGUGAAACGUGCAGUAAAUAGACGAUCCUAAUUUGCGGUCUACACUACAUGAAAACGCACUAUUUUUUUCCACAAGAUAAAAAAUAUUCAGUUUUAAGACUUUCUUCUUGGUUUUUUUCUCUAACUUAAAGGAAUAAAAUCCUUUGCAUUUUGUGACCUAAAAAAGUUUAAAGAUUUCUCGCUCGCAUGUUGCUUUCAUCAGCACUCACUUCAAACACAAACGAUCGAUAACAUAUUUUUUACCUGAUACCGAUAUGAGUUAAAAAUUCGCUCGAGUUCACUGUUUGUCUUACCCAUGGCUAACUUUUCUUCAUGGAAGAUAACUACGCCGCUUUAUAACUCCUCCGAAGUUUUUGUGCCAGCUAAACAGCACACUAAACAGUACGCUUGUUUAUUUAUAUCAUUUAUUUAAACAAUAUGGAAACACUAUUCACAGUCCUUGGAUAUUAAAAAGACUGAACGUGACGCACUAUUGUGCCUUUGUUUACUUCUGAUCACAUCUUCAAGGGAAGUCUCUCUUUUCAAGCGAUUCAUCUCAAUGCACAAUAAUUGACCCUUAUAUUAAUUAAAGCCCUAUGGUUCAUUCAUGUUAAUGCUGUUUUUGCCCCUCACAUUGACUGUGUUCGUUCGUAUUCAAAACACCAUUAGGAAAAUAAAGGUCGUAUAAGUCAUGUGUAUUAUGUUUCGAGAUAAAUGGAUCAUACGCUUUUUUAAGUUUCCAUUUUGCGGUGACUUCAGUUUACAUCUUCAUAAAAUAGCUUAAAAUGGUAGAAGAAAUAUCAAGAAACAUCACGAGGGCUGAAAAUUUUCGAAGGCAUGUUUUCUGAAACUCGCUAAUGCUAGCUGACAUCAAUAUAGCGUGCUUGCUGAAUGGGCGUAAACACAGAAUUGUGAUAACAAGAUCAUGUACAAAUCUAAUGACAAAAGCUUAGCAAGAUACAGAUACAAACAAAAGCAAACCCCUGAAACCUCAACCUGGGCUACACUUGUAUGCUCUACUCAGUCACCAAACCUUGUCAGUAAUAUCCCCCAUUUUCCUCAAGUUGGUCUUUGUGAACCUCCCGGAGGGAUGUCCCGGUGAAGCUUUGAACUUGUGUGCGAAAUUCUCAAAGUUUCUAUUUUUGUCCGUGUCUUCUUUAUCCCCAGUAUCCGAAAUUUAGACCUCCAAACUGGCGUGUGUUGCAUUAUAAAUAGAAGGAAAUAUUAAAAGGAAAAGCCAGUCUUGUAAUAUGGCAAAGUUGUCACGUCCCUCGCUCAUGGACGUUCAUUUCUUAACAUCAGGAUUCAUCUGACAUUCGUCGGCAACUGAGUUGUUCGCUUCAGUGAGUACGACAGCUUACGGUCAAGUCUUCAACCACAGUGUCGCCAACUGGUGAAAUACUUUGCUCAUAAAUUGUGCUUAUUAAUUGCUCAUGGACUACAUCGAUCGAUAAUUCUCUCUUUGAGUUCACGAAACUGCCCCGGCGUUCCAAACCUGACGCUCACAGUCAUCUUUUAGUGUGAACCUACCGUGAACGGCGUGUGGGUUUGUAUGCAACGUGAGCAUUUCUCUGAGUUUCCCAGCGCCAACAUCAUCAAGUGACUUUUGUCUUUAACUCAAACAAUGACAAAACUUAUAAAGUGACUCCUAUGAUCGAAUCGCUUCGAACAACGCAAAUAGCCUUCUUUAGGUUCGCAACGCCUUGUGGGUUUCCCAGGGUGGGUGGAGACGAGGUACAAAAAGUAUUCGUGCAAGAGUCCGGGCAAGAGAAAAUCAUAUGAAACCAUUUGUGAGAACAUCGUUUCGUUUUGUUUUGCAGUAGUUUUCGUUUCCUUAACAGAGUCUCAAACAUUAUUGUACAAGGCUUCACUGUAACCUCGCACGAAUGCGCUGGCGUACGGAAAAAUAAAUAAUGGUAAUAGGACUGAGUGGAGUCCAAUUCGGUCUGUAAUCAUACGAGUGAUCACAGGGCGCCCAGAAUCACAACAGCCCACUGGAAGCCACAUUAUAAGGAUUUGUACGGAAAUUUAUCUUAAGAUCGAUAAAAUGGUUAAAAUGUGCAAAAACAGCUAUUUAAGUAUACAUACCUCAUGAAAAGUUGUGUCUUUGUUGUUUUCUUACUGUUUCCUGCCCUAUAAACGCCAUUUUAGCAAGUUUUCAUGUUUUGGUUUUUCAACUAUUAAGAAGAAGUACUGUCCUAUGAAACUGUCCCACUAAGGCUGAAGUCAGGGCAGUUGAUAACCAAUCAGAUUUGAGAAUUUUGUUAUAGUUAUGAUUACGUUUAGUAUUGCAAUGCUGAUAGUGUCUUUUGCUAUAUACUCAUAGGUCCUGCCUAUAGUACUGAGAGAGUCGUUUUGGAUAACUAUGUGAAAGCAAAUGGUUCCUUGUAUGACCUGAUAGCUAGUUAUGAAUUUAAGGUGUCUUUCUUGGCUGAUUUUGUUGUGUGGAAACAAAUGUUUGCAACCUCAAACAAAACCAACGACAUCUCGUUUAGAAUUGAUGAGGGAGACUGGGUACAUUGGAUCCCACCACAGAAAGCUUCUCAUGCCUUGUGGACACAAUAUUACCACCAGGUAUGAAACAAUUAUUUUAGGCCUACAGUAACUCUUGUGCUAAUAGAGACCUUUAGAUUCUAAGACGAGAACGACUACGACGACGAGAUUGCCUCAAUACUAAGUAGUGCGCGCACGUGAAUCAGUGUCAUUUUGGCGGGAAAACUUGAUAGCCGUCAUCAUCAACUCGUAGUAGAGUCUACUACGAGUUUUGGUGAGAAUGUCGUAGUGGCAGAAACAAGUUAUCAAGUGUUAGAAGUUUUAGCAUUUUGCGAUCGGGAGAGGGAUUAACCCUGCUUCAGUAAAGAUAACAGUGCUAACUUUGCUGGUGGAAAAAAUGCAAUGAGCCUUUCUAGGGUGUCUAUUUUCUUAGAAUACGCGAAAAAUACUUUCAGUUGAAAAUCUCGUACUCGUUGUCGUUCUCGUCCUCGAACCUAAAGGUUUCUUAUCUGAUCUUACUGUAUAUGGAGCGCUUUUCCUCCGUGCAUGUGCACUGCAUUUUCAUGGUUUGUCAUCAUGCAUGACUACAGUCAAGCCAGGGCUCAAAAUAACGCCUGGUCGUUGUCUGGCCUAGAUGACAUUUUGUCCGGUCAAACUUUCUAAAACACUCCUCCUAAACUUCCAUCAUUCCACAAUGUCUCUGUAAAAUUUUAUCUUAAUUGCCUCUAAAACAGCUGAGAUAUAAGCUUUUUAAAAUAUUUAGCGCAAGCAAACGUUUGCCUAUGAAUUUAUUCAUAGAUAGGUUUCACCCGCGGCCUUGAGCCCCCUUAUUUUGUAAGUACUGGAUAAUCACUGAUCAGACAAUUGGCUUUCAUUUUUGCAGUUAAUAAAUAUUGAUUGAUCAUAGCCUGCUUGCAAGCUCUCCGUUUAUGGCGAGCGACGAAUCCGCGAGGGUCACCCCUCGCACUCGCGUCUCCUUUCGCCUGCUGCUCUCGCAUGACUUCUCGCGACUCACCCAAAUGGAGAGCCUGCUCGCAGACUAGAUUGAUCAAUACUUAACACCACUCCCUCAUGCGAUUUUCAGACGUUUACUCUGAAACCUGGUAUCCACACAAUAUCCUUACGUCAAGUAGAAAAAGGCUUCCGCCUCCUAAAGCUUGCUGUUGUACCAGUCAACAUAUCUGUGUGGACUGACUUAGGAAUGCAGAGUCGGUAUAUUCCAGACAGCUUUCUAGAUGGCCAUCCUUCCUCUCAUCCACCAGCAAGAUUUGGUCGAAUUCAUGCUAAAGGUUGGAUCCUUACUUAAACACCUGAUUGAACGAUGAGGCCUUAUGGAUUGUUUGGGUGGACUGAAGUUUAUUAGCAUUGCAAAUUCAAAUUUCUUACAAUGCUACGUCCACAUGAAUCCGGAUAUCCAAAUCCGUUCACCUAAACCGGUUUAAGACCCGUCCAUGCGAAUCCGGGUAAAGAACAUGCGGUGUUAAAAAUCUCCGGACUCGUGUGGACAUGACCCAGA